AUGGUCUCGGUGGAAACUCUGGAGAAGAGGCGUUUCGUGCUGAUGCGCUUCAAGGAGUCACGGGAGCACGAACGCGUUGAGGCCUUCUUCAACACUCGGAGCAUGGGUGAAGCUUGGCUAAUGCUGGGGGAGGAAACUCUCCCAGUGUCCCCCGAGAUCGAAGGGAGCAAGCGGACAUGGGAGAGGGCUUUCUACAUGUAUCGAAAGAAGAUCAUGAAUUUGAGCUACCUCAUUGACUUUCAAGAAAUACUGAAGGCCGAAUCCUUCAGGCAGAGCUCCCUACUUCAGGAAGUUCAUCUUCCAGGCGCAGGCCGAACACUACGCCGAGCAUCGACUUACAGUGAUGGCUGCGCAGACAGGGACCGGCACAGCCCGGAAAGUCCUCAAUUCAUACGCAACGAGGUAGUGCGAAUUUGA